UUAAUAUAGAUCCAGCUAAUGAUUCACUAUGUUAUGAAGCAGCUAUUGAUGUAUCAGAACUCAUUACAGUUGAAGAUGUUAUGGACUAUGUGAAUUUAGGACCCAAUGGUUCUUUGAUUUAUUGUAUUGAAUACCUAGAAAAGAGGCUUGAUUGGUUUUUAGAAAAAUUGAGACAAUUUAACAAUUACUAUUUAUUAUUUGAUUGUCCCGGACAGGUAGAAAUAUAUACCCACCAUAAUUCUAUGAAAAAUAUUAUGUCUGCUAUUACAAAUAAAUUAGAUUUACGAUUGUGUUGUGUACAACUCAUUGAUUGCCAUUACUGCAGUGAUCCAGGUAAAUAUAUUUCGGCUCUUUUGAUGUGUACAUCUACCAUGUAUCAAAUGGAAUUACCUCAUGUGAAUAUAUUGUCAAAAAUAGAUGUAGCUAUUAAACACAAAUCCAAACUUUUAUUCAAUUUGGAUUAUUAUACGGAUGUAUUGAGUCUUGACCAUCUAUUAAAUGCACUGCAAAACGAUCCCCUUACUGCUAGAUACCAUCGAUUGAAUAAGGCUAUAGUUAGUCUAAUUGAAGGACAAAAUAUUGUAUCCUUUGUACCUUUAAAUGUGAAGGAUAAACGAACAAUAGAAUUGGUGAGAAAAACCAUUGAUAGAGCUAAUGGAUACAUAUUUAGUCCAGAAGAAAAUCAGAAUGCGGAAAUGCUUAACUCAGUAAUGAAGUUGGAUAUCAAUGAUUUAACUCUUGAUGUUUUAGAAGAUUUACCUAAAACCGAUUCAACAGAGAUGAUGCAAAAUUGAACUUAAAUUUUAUUCCUAGUAUUACUCUAAACAUUUAUAUGAUUUUUUUCUCUC